AUGGCCGUCCUAUGCACUGCAUCGCAAACCGAGCUGCAUAGCAGCGCCGGGUCUUUCAAUGCGCUGUUGAAGUCUGACAGAGCUCGAAUGAAUGAUUUGCGCGAUAUCAAUGAAAGCAUACAAGUUCCUGAUCCAAGGAUCUUCAAGGAUCCAAUUCUGCCGACUGAUGUUAUAUCCCUCCCAAACAUGGCUCAAUGUGCCGCGCACUUGGAACUGUUGCAGGCGAUCAACCAUAUCCGCCGGGAGGUCCUCAAUUCGAAGGACCUGGACGCGAUCCUCGAUAUUAAGCCGGAGAAGCGGACAGUGCGACAACGGUAUUCCCAGAAAAGAAUCGAGGUAAAGGAUCCUAGGUUUGCGCAGAAACGGCAGGCCAAAUGGCCGUUUUAUGUCAAGCUGGGAGUCGCCCGAUUCUUUCUCUGGCUGAAGAAGAUGGAACAGACGUUAACAUCGAAUAAGAAUGAAGUCCUUGAGUUACCGACCUGCCCUCCACUAGAUGUGCUCAUCGCGUGGCAUUCUGCCCUGCUGAACCCAGCAUGGUUGAGGAAAUAUUGCAAGAACGGUGGGAUCAAGCAUAUGCGGCGGGUGGUAUUCCCAUGGAGGCAGAUUAGCUUUACAAGCCUAACUGGCCAGGAAGCAGACCUGCUGGCCUACCUUUUGAGUCCAAAGCCUGGGCCCUAUGCCUCUCUGCUUCUCGCGUACCGGGACUCAUCCCCUAAUCAUCGCCCUUACCUAAACAAACUGGACAGUCUGUAUCUGGAAAAGAAAGAGGAGCUACCACACAGCGCCUUCAUCACAUCCUGCUAUGCAGCCGCCCAUCCGGGCCCAUACGGAGCCUACCUAUUCGAUGCAAUCGAGCGCCAACGCGUCUUCGUCGACAAGAUGGUUGGAUAUCUGUGGAUCCGCAGUCCCGGCGUGCACGGGACGCUGUCCAGAGCAAUCACCCGCUACGAGUACUUCUUACAGCUAUUCAAACUCCGUCCGGGAACAACUCUUGUGCCAACGCUGGACAUCGAUCUGGUGUGGCAUACCCACCAAUGCUCGGCGAGUAUGUACAAAGCCAGUAUGAAGAAACUGGCGGGCAGGUUCAUCAACCACGACGAUACCAUCCCCGGGGGGGUGCUCCGGACGCAGUCGGACGAGACGUCGUUGCUGUUCAGAGACUAUUUUGGCAUGGACUAUCAUAUUUGUCUCUGCUGGGAGUGCGAGGCUCUUCAGUCGGCCGUCGAUGAGUGUGGUGACGGCGAGGUGGAUUUUGAGAAGCUGGCGAAUAAAGUGGUCAAUGAUUUGGCGGCUCACCGGCUGCUGGAGUUGAAGCGGAGAAAGCAAGUAUAA